UUUCUUCAUCUCGGCGCCCAGAGGUGUCAAUUUCCCAUGCCUUGCAUUUUUCGCUUUUGUGCAUACGACACAUUACUGAUAUCGGCAAUAAUGACGCAAAUCCGACUUCGCAUUGCCGCGGCACCAUGCAUACAACGCGACUACCUACGACACCACUCGCAGACAUGACGCGUAGCGUUAUGGUUCUACAAAAGUACCUGCAUGCCCCACGUUGAGCUUAUCUAGCGUGUGCCCUCCCUCUCCCUUCCGUCGGGUCUUUCUCCAUCAUUGAUCAUUUGUAGUCGUCAGAUUAUCGCGUGCAAGAUGGGUGUCGACGCGUCUGAGCUUCUCGUUCCCUUUCUGGGUUCUAUCCAAGCUGCCUUCUCUGUGCUGCUGACUAUUUUCUUCGGUGUAGUCGCAGCGCAAUGCAACCUGCUCUCUGUCAAGGCAGCGAAGGAGGUGUCAGGGCUGUGCGUGCGCAUGUUUCUGCCUGCGCUGCUCAUCUACAAGAUUGGGAGUAAUUUGCACUCGGGCACAGCCAUUCGAUAUGUGCCGCUUCUGAUCUGGUCCAUUACGUAUACGCUCGUUUCCGUCCUAUUUGGCCGCGUCCUCACCCGCAUGUUCAAGCUCCCUGCAUGGGUCACGCCUGCGCUCGCCUUCAACAACACUACAAGUCUGCCGCUGUUGCUUAUCCAGUCGCUCAAGCAGACCCAGAUACUCGAUGCUAUCCUUGUUGGCGACGACACGGCGGCUAACGCGCUUGAACGUGCCGAGUCAUACUUUCUAGUCAACGCCAUGGUCAGCAACUCGCUCACCUUUGCGCUGGGGCCUAGACUGCUUCGACCAGGCGAUGAAGAUGCGCCAGAGAACGACAAGGAUGAUAAUCAAACAGACGAGGACGAGCAAGAGGCAGAAGAAGAUGGCGAGAGUGGCGAUAUGGAGCGUGGCCCUGACGGCCUUAUCCACGAAGAGACAUCCCUCCUUCCGCAGCGUAUCGUUCGUCGCACAAACAGCGCAGGGAAGAAAGGCUACUUCAAGACACGCGACUGGUACAACAACCUGCCAGCCUGGGCGCAGGACACGCUUGAUGUGGCAUGGCAAUUUGCCAACGCGCCAUUGCUGGGUGCCAUUGUAGGCGCCAUCAUUGGUCUCACGCCUGCACUGCAUCACCUUUUCUUCAACCCGAGCAAUGAGGGUGGCUACUUCAAUGCUUGGCUUACGACUGCUAUCAAGAAUAUUGGCGAGCUGUUUGCGUCCUUGCAGAUCAUUGUGGUGGGCGUGAAACUCAGUCAGAGUAUGUUAAAGAUGAAGCGGGGCGAAGAUAGUGGGGAGGUGUCGAAGAAGUGUUUAGCGUUCGUGACGCUGAUCCGGUUCUUCGUUUGGCCUGCCCUUAGUAUUCCUUUCAUCUGGGCUCUCGCAACGAAAACCCAGCUCCUGGACGCUGACCCCAUGCUCUGGUUUGCCAUGAUGCUCAUGCCCACUGGUCCACCGGCCAUGAUUCUGGUCGCGCUCACGGAUGUUACUGGUGCGCCAGAGCAAAUGAAGAUGACAAUCGCGAAGUUCUUGACUAUUAGCUAUUUUGUCACGCCAUUGAUUUGCUUCGCUGUUGUUGGAAGUUUGAAGGCGACUGAAGCUGCGAUAGGUCGAUGAGACGUCGUCACGCGGAAAGAGAAUAUGAAAAGCACGGAUUGAAAAUCAAUGUUUGUAAAGAUGCAUUAAACGUGGCUAUUGACUCGAUAACUUUCUAUCAUUACUCCUUUAGCAUGUAGUCCGUUGGUGGCGCAUUUGGCUUUCCAUUAUGCCAAUGUCUACACAAUACGUUAGAUCGAUCAUGCUAGAGGGCGUUGUCAUGGCCUGGGCGACGACGAAGUGUGAUCGUUUCCGCUUGCCCGUUUGCUGCCAAUCGAGCAAUCCGAAUUCUGCUCGCGGUCGUCUCUUGGGUACUUAAAUAUUCAUCCAUCUCGCGAUCGGUCAUAGCGG